AUGACAAUAGAAGAAAUGAAUGAAAAAUGUAUGGAAGGAAGUUGUUUAAAACGAAUUGGUCAAGCAGAAGAUAUUGCUAAUUUAAUUGUUUUUGUCAUUUCUGAUCUAUGUCCAUUUAUGACUGGUGCUAAUUUAGUUGUUGAUGGUGCAAGAUCGAGCGACGAAAGUACAUCGUAUACCUGCCUUGAAGAUUUAUCAAAUGAAGUUUUGUACGAAAUAUUGGAAAAUCUUGAUGGUUGUGAUAUAUAUAAAUCAUUUUCAAAUCUUAAUAAUCGUUUACAAACCCUUAUCACUUCUUCAUCAUUUUUACUUCAAAUAAAACUUGUUCCAGAAUCAAAACAUUUACUCGAAGAUCAUUGUCAACAUGUUAUUAUUCCAAAUUCACAUCGUAUUCGUUCACUUCAUUUGCAUGGUCAAUCAUUGAUUGAUACUUUCUUUAAUCAUUGUAUUAUUGAUUCAUCAUUUCAUCGUCUUCAAUCAAUCCGUCUCAAUGGACUUAAAGUGGAGAAACUACUCAUAAUUCUUUUUUAUUUAAAAUCUUUACCUCGUCUCUUUACACUAACCAUUUUUAUAAACGAUGAAAAUUAUGAUGAUCUUCAUCUUGAAAAUAUUUAUCCAUUAAUUUUUUCUUUACCUACAUUAAAAUAUAGCAAAUUAUCUACACCUGGUUCUGCAUUCCGAAUGAAUAUUACACAUGCAAUGAACAAAACGUUUAGUACAAUCGAAUAUUUAGUUAUUGAUCAUUAUUGUACUCUUAAUGAACUAAAUUCUAUUCUCCAUUACACACCACAGCUUCGUCGUUUGUCUUGUAAUAGAGUGAUUGGAUCAGAUGAAAAAUUCAAAGAAGAUCUAUCGAUGAAAUUACCACAUUUAAAAUGUAUUCGUUUUGGAGAAAUUUGGGCUGCAUUCGAUGAAUUUGAAGUGUUUAUUAAGGAAAUAUCGUCUCAAUUACAAAUAUUGAGAAUUCAUAUAUGUUCGAAGAAAGAUUAUCUUAAUGGUAACCUUUGGGAACAAUUAAUUAAAAAAUAUAUGCCUCAAUUAAAAACAUUCGACUUUCACUUUGAUCAGUAUUUUGGUGAUGAAUGCGAGAUAGAUUUAAGUGAUUUACUUGAUGAAUUCAUUAAUCGAUUCAAUUCACCAUUCUGGAUUGAACGAAAAUGGAUUCGUGAGCUACAAGUAUUAUCCAGAAAAAUAUUUUUUUCAAUUCAUCCAUACAGGGAAGAAUGGAUUGGUCGUCAUGAACAUAUGAAUACUGACACAUAUUCGAAACAAAAUUCGAUGGAAGAUAAUUACAUUUCCAAUCAAGAAAAAACUGAUCAUCGUAUUAUGGAAUUGACUAUUGGGAAUAAUGAAUAUACCACACUUAACAGGCGAUAUAUUAAGAGAUUAAAAUCUGCCGUUAAAGCGAUUCAAUUCACUCAUUUAGAUAUAGAUAACGAUGGCAUGUCUAUUAAGAUGUUACUCGAUAUUUUAUCUUUAUUGCCAAAUAUUGAAUCAUUAAAACUGUCAUUUAUACCAAUACUUCAGUUAGAAUCUGUAUUUAUUGAGGAUACCAAAAAUUAUCAAUCAGUAUUGGCUUUUAACAAACUAACAAAAGUCAAACUCGGUCAAGUUACAGAAGAACAACAAAUUCAGUUUUUUAUCAAUCUUUGUCCACAUAUAGAAUAUCUUGAAGUAGAAUGUAUGUCAAAUACAGGUGUUCCAUCACUUAUGAAACUUAUUUCAAUGAAUCGAAGGACACGUAUUCCUAAUCUCUGCUAUCUGUGCUUCAUUAUUCCUAUAGCAGAUGAAAACAUGGUUAGAACUUUAGCAAUGACAAUCGAUUCCGAGACAGUUAUUGAUAACUAUACAAUUCAGCGCAGUGGCAACAAAAUAAGUAUACAAUGGACAUUAUAA